CGUUACGGUUACGCAUUAACUUCCACAAGUCAAACGAAUUUCCAAAAACAAAAAAAAUCCUCAAAAUUCCGAUGGGCUCCGCCGGAAACCCCGCCGAUAUCGUAACCGACCCGGAACCAGGACCCGAGACUUCUCUUCUCCACAAUCCUCACGGAGAAUCAACCACCGGCAAAACCCCUUCCGAUUCCUUCCACUUGGCUUACAUCAUCUACUUCACGCUCGGCGUUGGCUUUCUCCUCCCAUGGAACGCUUUCAUCACCGCCGUCGAUUACUUCUCCUACCUCUACCCUUCCACCGCCGUAGAUCGGAUCUUCGCCGUUGUUUACAUGCUCGUCGGACUUAUCGGUCUUCUCGUUAUCGUCGUGUUCUACGCGCACAAGAGCCUCGCUAGCUUCAGGAUCAAUCUCGGUCUGCUACUCUUCGUAAUCGCUUUGCUUGUGGUUCCUGUUUUGGAUCUGGUCUAUAUCAAGGGGCAAGUCGGUUUAUACGCCGGAUUCGAUAUCACUUCCGUCGCACUUGGGCUCUCCGGUGUCGCCGAUGCUCUUAUGCAGGGAGGUCUAAUCGGCGUAGCUGGUGAAAUGCCUGAGAGGUAUACUCAAGCUAUUAUCGCCGGAACUGCUGGCUCCGGUGUUCUUGUUUCACUAUUGAGGAUCUUGACUAAAGCUGUGUAUCCUCAAGAUCCUGAUGGGUUAAGAAAAAGUGCGAAUCUUUACUUUGCUGUGGGAAUUGUUGUGAUGGUGAUCUGUGCUGUGUCCUACAACGUAGCGCAUAGACUUCCCGUGAUCAAGUACUAUGAAGAGCGCAAGGCUCAAGCACUGCUCAAAGAGAGUCAAGAUAAAGGUUCUUUGACCGGACCGGCGUGGAGGAAAACACUCUGGCAGAUCGUGACGAGAGUUAAGUCUCAUGGUUUCGGGAUCGUUCUCAUAUACAUUGUCACGUUGUCGAUAUUCCCUGGCUACAUUACCGAGGAUGUUCAUUCUGAGCUUCUCAAAGAUUGGUUCCCUGUUCUACUUAUCGCAGCCUUCAACGUGUUUGACUUGGUUGGGAAGUCUUUGACCGCUGUUUUCAUGCUUGGAGAUGAGAAAAUCGCUGUUGGUGGUUGCAUUGCUAGGCUAUUGUUUUACCCUCUCUUCUGGGGUUGCUUGCACGGUCCAAUGUUUCUAAGGACCGAGAUUCCUGUAGCUAUACUGACAUGCUUAUUGGGACUCACUAAUGGGUACUUGACAAGCGUCCUGAUGAUUCUGACUCCAAAAUCUGUUCCACUGCAACACUCUGAGACAGCAGACCCUUUGUCUUCAAUGCCUGAAGGGCAAUUUUCUGAGCCGUCUCCUGAAACUGAGUUGCUUCCUGUCACCAAAUUAACACCGAAGAAGAUUGAGUAAUUGAGCCUCAAGAAAGAUGUAACUUCAAUCAACUUGCUGAGCCACAAGUUCGAAACCCCGAUCAAAGCUAUCAAGUUUGAAUCACCGUGCUUAGUGUGUUGAGCCUUCCUGGUAGAUUAGUAUCUUUAAGGGUUUGGUCGUCUUCUUUGAUGUGGACGAUGGAACCUCUCCUUCAGCCUCUGCAAAAGCUGCAAUCAAGAAACAAGCUCUGUCUUGAACAAACCAUUAUCUACAGUGUACGAUCAAUACAUAUGAUCAAAGCAACGAAGAACACACAAAUGUUCCUACAGAGGAUUUGAACAGGGUAAGAACAGAAGCUGAUGCAUUGUUCCUUUUCGAUUCUCUAUCACAGACACUUCUACUUCUCGGAAACUUUGAAGCCGACGGAACAGCACAACUUUCCUCAGCAUCGCCGGACUCUCUACUGAAAAAACACAGCAGCACUUAGCAUGUGUUAGAAAUAUUAAUAAUUUUUCUCUCCUACUAUCUCUAUUACCAAACACUAUACUGUAAUUCUAUAAUCGUUUUUUAAUUUGA